AUGCAAUCACUUUUUAUAAGGCUAGCAAUAAUUAAUAACCCCUAAUUAUCUAUUUCCUUAAUUAGUUUAUACCUUGUGAUUUUUCCAGUUUACCCAUUAUCAAAUAUGAGAUAUUUUUAAACCAUUAAAUCUCUUUUAAUAUUGCCAACAUACUAUUCCUUCUUUACUUUGGCAUAUAUUUUAUAGCUGCCAUUAAUUAAAUAGGACUUCUUCUUAACCUCUAAAAAUAUAAUAUGGUGUUAUUCUAAAAAUAAUGUAAAAUUUAGGAGGAGCUCCAUAAGAUCUAUAUUUAAUCAUUUUUUCUUUAGAAGCAGGUUACAUAAUAAUAUAUUUCAGCAUAAAAGUCAAUAUAUAAAGCUAAUAAAACAGUAUAAUUAUUGUCCUUAAAUUUCUCUAGUUCUGUAAUAUAGCUCUUUUAUUCUUCUAUUUCUGGUUUCUAAAGCAUUUUGGUUUUAUAAGCUUGGUUUAAUUUUGCUUAUUAUUAAAUUACAAUUCAUUGGGAGCAAUUUUUGA